AAAUAGUUGCAUGAGAACGUCAGCAUUAGUUGCGAUACACAUGUGUUCUUUAGUUUAUUAAUUCGGUGGUAAAGAAGUGCUCUUCUCCACUUUUAACUCUUCCACUACCUCUAUCAUUCUAUCUGGCUCUGUUUAGACCUGAUCCCCCUAUCUACAAGUAUCAUCGGUUCUUGUCAGUCCGUUAACGCAUCUGAGAGACAGUAUCCAAUAUGUCUGCAGCAAAAGCGCAAGAACGGUUAUCACAAGUGGCUAGUCACUUGUCCCCGUCCGCCAAGAGGGGGAAAGAUGCGGUAUUGGAGAAAAGCCCUGAUGAUAUUGUCGUCACCGCUGCUUACCGGACCGCUCUGACCAAAGGUGGGAAGGGCGGCUUCAAAGACACGGCUGCAGCUGAUCUACUUGCCGGAGUAUUCAAGGCUCUGAUCGACCGCUCUGGCAUCGACCCCGAACUUGUCGAGGAUAUCAGCGUUGGGUCGGUUCUCGCGCCUGGCGGUGGAGCUACUGAAUUCCGCGCUGCCGCACUCGUUGCAGGCUUUCCGACAUCGACCGCCGUGAAGUCCUUGAACCGACAAUGCAGCAGUGGCUUACAGGCAAUCGCAGAGAUUGCCAAUGCGAUCAAAUCAGGCAUGAUUGAAGUUGGCGUUGGCGCGGGCGUGGAAAGCAUGAGCCAGCAAUAUGGUCCCGGCGCAGUCACUGAAUUCUCCGACCUUCUUGACUCCUACCCCGAAGCUAAAAACUGUAAAGUCCCCAUGGGUGUGCUCUCCGAGCAAAUGGCCAAGGACAGGAAGAUCUUGCGCAGCGAUCAAGACGCCUUUGCCGCAUCAUCGUAUCAAAAAGCCGCCGCCGCGCAGAAAGCCGGGCUCUUUGACGAAGAAAUCAUUCCACUCAAGGUUAAAUGGACCGAUCCCAAAACCGAAGAAGAAAAGGAAAUUACUGUCAGCAAAGACGACGGUAUCCGUGCGGGCAUGACGGCCGAGGGUCUGUCAAAGAUCCGUCCUGCCUUUGCCAAGGACGGGAGUAUUCACGCUGGAAAUGCGAGUCAAAUCAGUGACGGCGCCGCUGCAGUACUGCUGAUGAAGCGCAGCACGGCGGAGAAGCUAGGUCAGAAGAUUAUCGGCAAAUUUGUUGCAGCAAGUGUGGUGGGUGUGCCGCCCCUUCUCAUGGGUAUCGGACCAUGGAAGGCAAUUCCUGUGGCACUGGAGAAGGCUGGUCUCUCAAGCCACGAGGAUGUGGAUAUUUUUGAGAUCAAUGAGGCUUUUGCAUCGCAGUGUCUGUGGUGUGUCAAUGAGCUGGGUAUCGAUGUGAAAAAGGUCAAUCCCAAAGGUGGCGCGAUAGCAUUUGGACAUCCCUUAGGGUGCACAGGCGCACGUCAGGUUAGCACUUUGUUCACAGAGCUCCAUCGAACAGGCAAGAAGAUUGGCGUGACAAGUAUGUGUGUCGGUACGGGUAUGGGUAUGGCUGCGGUAUGGGUAGCGGAGUAGAUGCGGUGGAGUAGCGAAACAGCGUCGCAGAGGGAGAUCAAUGGCUUUUGAUUAUGAUAACUGAGUGACAGGAGUCUCAUCUUGUAUAUGUAUAUUAUUUACAUUUAGGAUCGGGCAUAUUUAACACGAAUUGUUUUUAUUUUUUUAAUUUAUCCAAUAUUUGAGUUUUAUUUUCUAGUGAAAAUCCUGUAUAUUGUCUUAAUGGCAUGC